UCAAAUAAUUAUGCAUGUGACCAGGGUCAAAGGUCAACUGUUUCAACAAGCCUAAGCCAUAUAAACAGGACAGCCGUGUACUGGUCGUAUCUUGAAGCAGUAGAGCACUUAAAGACCACCAAGAUGAUGAUUAACAGCUUGUUCAUUAUCAACCAGACUGGGGAGAUAUUUAUGGAGAAGCACUGGUCAAGUGUAGUCAACAAAUCAGUGUGUGACUACUUCUUUGAGGAGCAGGCAAAGGCCCCCUCCCCUGCCGACGUGCCCCCCGUGAUCUCCACCCCACACUACUACCUCGUGUCCAUAUACAGGAACAACAUCUACCUCGUUGCAGCACUGCAGAAUGAAGUUCCCCCGCUGUUUGUGAUAGAGUUUCUCCAUCGUGUGGUGGACAUCUUCACUGACUAUUUCUCAGAGUGCACAGAGCUGCGAAUCAAAGAGAACUACAUUGUCGUCUACGAGGUGCUGGAGGAGAUGCUUGACAACGGCUACCCACUGGCCACAGAGUCUAACAUUCUGAAAGAGCUUAUUAAGCCUCCCUCCAUCAUGAGGAGCAUUGCCAACACAUUCACAGGAGACACACAUGUGGGGAGCACCCUGCCAACAGGUCAGCUGACCAAUAUACCGUGGAGAAGACAAGGGGUCAAGUACGCCAACAACGAGAUUUUCCUGGACUUAAUUGAGGAGGUUGAUGCGAUCAUAGACAAAUCGGGCACUACUGUGGUGGCUGAGAUACAAGGGAAAGUGAUAAGUAAUUCCAGACUGUCUGGGAUGCCAGACCUCACCCUCUCCUUCGUGAACCCACGGUUGUUAGAUGACGUCAGUUUUCAUCCCUGUGUACGGUUCAAGAGAUGGGAGAGUGAGCGUGUUCUCUCUUUUGUUCCUCCUGAUGGCCACUUUAAACUUCUCUCCUAUCAAGUAGGAGCACAACACAUGGUCUCUCUUCCCGUGUACGUCACACCUCAGUUCUCAUUUGGCGAGGGGUCCGGAAAGUUCACCGUCAGAUUGGGACCAAAACAAACCAUGGGGAAACUUGUGGAGGACUGUAAAAUAACCAUUCCAAUGCCAAAAUGUGUGACAAACGUCAACACCACGGCAACCUAUGGUAUGCCCGCCUACGACCCAGUCAACAGGAUAGUCACUUGGAAUGUUGGCAAAGUCGUCCCACAAAAGUUAAUCUCUCUAUCAGGAAAUGUGUCGCUAACAACGGGAGAGGUCCCUGAGGGCAACCCCACUAUCAGUGUUGACUUCAAGAUCGCGCAGCUGUCUGUCUCGGGGCUCAAGAUUAAUAGACUGGAUAUGUAUGGAGAGAAAUACAAGCCCUUCAAAGGGAUCAAGUACAUUACAAAGGCUGGGAAGUUCCAAGUUCGGUCAUAACUGGCAUUAAAUAGCUCCUCUAGAGAUGUGUUCAGUGUUCUCAGUGUGUGUGUUUCUUAAUUCUAAUUAUUUUGCUGUAUUAGUUUUCAACAGGUAGUAUAAAUUAUUUGUGUGCUUGUGAGCAGUAUAAUUAUAAUAAAAUUAUUAUUAUUGUGUAAUAACAAA